AUGGCCCUCCACUUUCCCAUCGAAGACCAUUCUCGCUUCUUGCCCAAAGAAGUAGCUGACUCUAUUCCAUUCUCAAUCUCCCAACUCCCCAACCUUCUCCAACUCUUCUCAAUCACAAAAGGCUCUUCUGAAGCCAAAUACAUGGAGGAAACCAUCCAAGAUUGUGGAAUCAAACCCAUUGAUGGUGAGAUCAAGCGUCUCAAUCUUCUAUCAACCACUCACCCAACAAUGGCUACUGCUGUCAUGCAGAAUUACACUGUUUUGGAAGUACCUAAAGAGGUUUUAGCCCCCAAGAUGGUGGUUUGUCAUCCAGUGCCUUAUCCCUAUGAUGUUUUCUUUUGCCACCACUUUGGGACAGAGACCAAGGUUUUUCAAGCUACCUUUGGUGGCAAGAAUGGAAACAAUGUAGAAGCAGUCAUCAUUUGCCACAUGGACAUAUCUUAUUGGGAUCCUGAUCACAUCUUGUUUCAACUACUCAGAGUCAAGCCCGGUGUCUCCUCCCCAGUGUGCCACUUCCUCCCAACAAAUCACCUUGUUUGGAUACCAUCACCAAUAAUAGAAACUGAAUAA